CGUAAUUGCCACACAGCUGACGGACCGUUUCCAGAAGCCCAGCUCAGCAUGUCCCUCAUGUCCCUCAUGUCCCCGACACACAAAGCCGCGCUCUCCCUGCGCCUCCUCCCGCGGCUGCUACUGCUGUUCGGAGCGGGGCAGCAGUGUCUCGCAGCCCGGCCGCUGCUCGUGUUUCUGAUCGAUGGGUUCCGCUAUGACUACAUGGAUGACCUGCACGCUCUACCCGGAUUUCGCGAGCUCGUGAGCAACGGGGUGAAGGUGGACUACAUGACACCAGACUUCCCGAGUUUGUCAUACCCUAAUUACUACUCAUUGAUGACAGGCCGUCACUGUGACGUCCAUCAGAUGACUGGAAACUUCAUGUGGGAUGAGGCCUCCAAGAAGGAGUUCCUGAUUGGGGUCAACCCUGACAGUCGCUUGCCUCUUUGGUGGGAUGGAUCGGAGCCUUUAUGGGUCACCCUGCAAAAACUGGGAAAGAAGGUUUUCAUGUACUACUGGCCCGGCUGCGAGGUGGAGAUUCUGAGUGUCCGUCCAUCAUUCUGUGAGCAAUACGUCUCCAACCCGUCAGAGAAAAACCUCACCGAUGCGAUAGAGAGCGCUCUCAAUGUCUUGAGGUCGGGCCAAGCAGGCAUGGCAGCAGUAUAUUAUGAGAAGAUAGAUGUGGAGGGCCAUCACUUCGGCCCAGAAUCUGAACAGGUCCGGACAGCUGUGCGACAGCUGGAUCUCGCUAUGCAGACUCUCAACAGAAAAAUCAAAGAGAAGAAGAUGGUGAACCAGCUGAACAUUAUGCUGUUUUCAGACCACGGUAUGACAAAGAUCCAGUGGAUGGAGAAGGUCAUAGAGCUGGACAAGUAUAUCAACAUGACAGCCAUUGUGAAGAUGAUGGACAGGGGACCGGUGGUCAGUCUGUGGCCCAAAGAUAACAAGUAUCAAGAGGUGUAUGCCGCGUUGUCCCAGGUCCCUAACAUGCGUGUCUAUGCCAGACAGGAGAUCCCUGAACGUUUCCAUUUCAAAGGAGGGAGGUUUGUCUCCCCCCUGACGCUGGUGGCUGAGCCAGGCUGGUUCAUCAUUGAGAACAAGGCAAAUCUCCCAUACUGGAAAAACGACUCUGGGGAACCCUCAGCCUGGCAAAAUGGUUGGCAUGGUUACGACAACGAGUUCCUCGACAUGAGAGGCUUUUUCUUGGCGACAGGACCUGACUUCAAGAGGAAUGUCCGGGCUGCGCCAAUUCGAUCGGUGGACAUCUAUAACCUCAUGUGCUGGACGUUGGGAGUGAAACCUUUGCCCAAUAAUGGGUCUUGGUCUCGGGUAGAGUACUUACUGAAUAGUUCUGAUGGUCCAACUCUGUCCACAACCCUCUGCUGUAUGAGUGUGUUAGGAGUACUGUUUGCACUAUGGCAAUAAGCAGACUGUCUGAGCAUUCUCAUUUGUUGUCAAUCAUGGUGAAAGAGGAAAAGUUUGAGAUACAACAUGUCAGCAGGACUUGUAUUCAGUGAUGGAAGUGUUGAUGAAGUAUUCAGGGUUUCUGGUGCUUUACCGUUUAUCACAUGGUAUAUCACGGAUAUAUACCUGGGUCAAAUUCUUUAUUUGACCAAUAAGGCUGGUACUGAUUUCUGGGUUAAAGGGCACUAUCCCAAUCAUUUUCUGAUAAGUUUCUACAAAGUUUCCUGGAAAGGACUAGCUAAUUUGAAACUGACUACAGGGAAAAUAGUAAUGUUCCUGAAAAAAAACAUUUAAACUCAACUUAUUCACUAUUAUACGGUUAAUUGAUUAUUGGAAACAUUUUUCUCUAUAUACAGUAUGUUACACUGUAUGCUUGCCUUAAGACAAAUUUCUAUGUCCAGCUGACCUUUCCAAUUAAUUGAAACUAAUUAUUAAUUAAAAUUAAAGCUUUUGGUAUCAUUUAUUUCCAUCAGAUGUUAGUUGGGUUUACAGACAUAUCCCUAGUUGUAUGUAAAUGUGCUGUAUUUAUAUAGCACUUUUCUAGUCUUAACAACCACUCAAAGCGCUUUUUACAUCAUACAGGAUUCACCAUUCACACACACACUCAUACACUGUGGCCGUACAAGGUGCCACCUAGUCAUCAGAGAUACACUCAUUCACACUCCGAUGCGCAGCAGUGUCUUGUCUCUGCCAAGGACACUUCGACAUGGGACUGCAGGGCAAGGGAUCGAACCACCAACCUUCUGAUUGGCAGGCAACCGCUCUGCCACUGAGCCACAGCCGCCUGUGUAGUGUUGUGGUGUUGGUGUGCACGUGUGCGUGUGGUCAAAAACAUGUAUGUGCUUCUGGGUUGCACCCAAGGAACCAAAGACUGGUUCCUAUUUAUAUUAAGGGCACUAAUUGGCUCUGACAGUGAACAAUUUAAGUAUUUCCUAACUACACAGUUCUUUCCGAGAAACUUCCUAGGAAAUGGUAAAGAAAAAUGAUACAGACCACUGUAAGAUAAAGCAUUACUGAUUUCUGUGUUGUGUAA